AUGAAUAAAAUAUGCUUAGUAUCUAUUUUUUUAAUUUUUAUUAAUAACUCUUUUCGUUGUACUCUUUGUCUUUCGUUUGAAUAUAAUAAAAUUGAAACAAAAGCUGACGAAAAUACUGAAGAAGGCAAAAAUGUUAACAAUAAUUCUACUGUACAAUGUUAUAAUGGUGGAGGUUUAGGAAUGGCAAGUGGGAAAAUAGCUAGAGAGUGUAGUACCGUUUGUCUUAAUUUUACUGCUUCUCUAAAUCAUACAGAAAGUAAUAAUACUUUAAUUAAAACAUUACAUACUGGAAACAAUAAAGAUGUUGUUUAUGGUUGUAGUAUUGGAUAUAUUUGCCCAUUCAAAAAUGCUUGUGGUAAAACGACAUAUAAAGGUGAAUGGGGGGAAGUAUGUUGCUGCAAUACAAAUCUGUGUAAUGGUGCUCAAUCAAAAACUUCCUUAUCCUCUUAUUUUCUCAUUGCGUUUAUUCUUUUACCUUUUUUAAUUGGUCCAUUAAUGAAUAAAUAUCUAUGUUAG